AUGGCGCGCGAUGCGCGCGCUCCUCCUCCCCCGCGCCGGAGGCGCCAUCUCGUGCUGAUGGCGACUCGGGGGCGGGGCGAUAUGGUGGCAGAUCGCGUGUCGGACCUGACGACAGUGGUAGAAGUGGUCUGGCUCUGGUGGCGCCGGUUCAUAGAUUCAUUCGUUUCUCUUCAACUCGUCCGUCGCUACAGCUCGCCGUCGCCGCCCGUCCGUCGUCGCGUCUUCUUCCCCGCAGAGAACCCCUCCGGCGGCGACACGCUCCCCUCCCGUUUCGCGUCGUCUUCGCGGUCCGCCCUGACCUUCCCCCCCGCGCUCGCGCCAAAGUCGAGCUCGAACGGCGCGUCUCUCAGCCGUUGCGCCGCGACGCGUCGCAGCGAGUUGAGACAGUUGACGAGCAGGAGCUUCUCUCGAAGGCGGCACCGCACCGCCUCGCGAUGGACGCCGGUCAGCGGCGCGCGACCGGCGGCGGCGUUUGAGGCGGCUUCCGCGGCGCGGCGACGACGACGUCUCUCUCUCUUCUCUUUCUCGCGUCGUUCGCGCUUCGCGUUUAAAGCGGCGUCCGCGUCGUCGUCGUCGUCGUCGUCGUCGUCGUCGUCGUCGGACGUCUUCCCGGCUUCUUCGUCCUCUUCCUCCUCCUCCUUCUCCUCCGCGCCGAUCCGCAGAAGCGCUUCGUCCUCCUCGUCCGACGUCGGGUACGCGUCCAGCAGCGCCGCGACCGUCUCCACCAGCGCCGCGAGCGCCGACGCUUCGCUGUCUUCGCUCACCGGGCGCGUCGCGAGCCUCCUCGCGACUUCCGGGUCUCUCCUCUGCCCGUUGCGCACCUCCGUCUCUCUCGGAUAUUUUCGACGCUGA